CCCCGCCCGCAGGCUCGAAAGCCAUGUCUUCUGAGCAAACUCGAGGCUUUCCAAGAGAUUGUGAGCACCGCGGUCAUCAUCCCCAAAGAAGACGGCGUUAUCACCGUGUCGGAGGACAGGAUGAUUCGGGUAUGGCUGAAGAGAGACAGCGGACAGUACUGGCCCAGCGUCUGCCACACAAUGUCUUGUAAGUGUUCGACAAACACAUUUAACCCAGAGACCAGGAGGCUGUCAGUGGGGAUGGAUACUGGAAGUAUCUGUGAGUUCAUCCUGUCUGAAGACUACAAUAAGAUGACCCCAGCACGUACCUACCAGGCCCACCAGGGCAGAGUGACAGUGGUGCUAUUUGUGUUGGAGAUGGAGUGGCUUCUGAGCACUGGCCAGGACAAAAACUUCACCUGGCACUGCUCUGAGAGCGGCCAGCAACUGGGGACGUAUCGCACCGCUGCCUGGGUUUCUGGACUCCAGUUCGAUGUGGAGACCAGGCACGCCUUCGUAGGGGACCAUUCUGGUCAGGUGACCAUCCUGAAGCUGGAGCAGGACAGCUGCAGCCUGGUUACCACCUUCAAGGGACACACUGGUAAUGUGACAGCGCUGUGUUGGGACCCGGUUCAGAGGGUGCUGUUUUCUGGCAGCUCAGACCACUCUAUCAUUAUGUGGGACAUCGGAGGGCGUAAGGGAACUGCCAUCGAGCUGCAAGGACAUAAUGACAAGGUUCAGGGCUUGUGCUAUGCCUCACACACUCGUCAGCUCAUCUCCUGCAGCUCAGACGGAGGCAUUGUCAUCUGGAACAUGGACGUGACACGACAAGAGACCCCAGAGUGCGACUCCUGUCAGAAGUGUGAGCAGCCGUUCUUCUGGAACUUCAAACAGAUGUGGGACAGUAAGAAGAUCGGCCUGCGACAGCACCACUGCAGAAAGUGCGGUCAGGCUGUGUGCGGCAAAUGUUCGUCCAAACGCUCCACCAUCCCCCUCAUGGGCUUCGAGUUCGAGGUACGCGUGUGUGACAGCUGCCACGAGUCCAUCACUGACGAGGACCGAGCGCCCACUGCCACCUUCCAUGACAGCAAGCACAGCAUCGUUUACAUGCACUAUGAGCCCACCACUGGAAGUCUGCUCUCCUCAGGCACCGACAAGGUCGUCAAGCUGUGGGACAUGACUCCUGUGGUGUCCUGAGGUCUGUGGACGACCGCCAGGCAGCAGGA